UACAGCGUGGCCUGCAUGGCCCCUCCACUUCCCACCUCACCCCUGUCCAGCCUGUGCCCCGUGCACUGACAGGCUGGGCCAGGCACAGCGCAGCGGCAGCGGGUGCAGGGCAGGGCAGGGCAGGGCAGCUCAGGGUGCGGUUGCUCUCUCUCUCGUUCGGGGGACCUCUCUGGGUGCCCAAUUUAAUUUCUCUCGCGACACGUCUGCCAUACCUCUCUCUCCCUCUCCUACUGUACACCGUUCGAGAGGUGCAAGCAAGUCAACCGGACCGAGAGAAAAACUCCAGCACCAUCACCAAUCCCUUUUGUAUGCCGCUUGGCCGCGAUUUCCCGUGAGACCCAGCCCGGAUCCCCUGGUUUGCUUGCUUCCCCACAAGCAACCCGUCUCAACGUGUCCGUCCGGCCGUUGCACAGCAACCAAGCAGCCAGCCAGCCCCCUUUACUCUCAUCUGGAGGGUUCCUGAGCUCCUGGCACAGCUGAUACGAGCCCGCUCCACCGUACCUCCGCACCUGGAAAGACGCCCGCCUGUAAGCCAUCAUGUCUGAUGCCGAGGGUUUCGAGGUUGUCCAGCACGAGGAGGCUCCCGCCGAGAAGCCCCAGCCUGCCGAGCCUGAUGCUGCUCCUGCUGCUGCCCCUGCCGAAAAGGCCCAGCCAGCUCCCGUCAAGAAGCCGGCUGCUGCCAAUGGGACCAAACCUGCGGGCAGCGCCACUGUAGCAAAGAAGCCUGCCCCGGGGACUACCACGACUGCUGCGCGGCGCCCUGCCACCACCUCUUCCACCGCCACGAAGCCCACCGCAAGCUCCACCCGAACAAGUGCCGCGGGUGGUGGGAUGAGCAAGCCGCCCACGCGUCCGCCAGCGAGCUCGACUGCCGCCAAGCGCACUUCGACAACCGCCACGUCUUCCAGCCAGCGUUCUCAGCCGUCUGCGUCCGAGGAUGAAAAGGCCGCCCGAAGGACCUCCACUCUUGGUACAGCUGCCCGUCGCACUUCGACCCUGUCGAGCGCAACCUCUUCCAGCUCGCCUGGCACCAAGCCAAAGCCCGCGCCUACUUCUUCGACAACGACGACAGCAGCCAGGAAACCAGCAUCAUCCUCGAGCGUCACUUCGCCCACGUCCUCGUCAAGGCCCGCAACCAAGCCCUCGGGUCACACCAAGGACUCGAGCAUAAGCUCCACCAGCACAACCCGCACUACGACGAGGCCAGCGGCAACCGGGGCAGUGGCAGAGGCCAAAAAACGCCUGUCAACUCUCGGCGUCUCCUCGGCGCCUGCUAGCGCGCCUAAGCCUGCAGCCCGGCCGCCAUCUACUUCCAAUGCCGCCGCCGCCGCGGAGUCUGCCAAGGAGAUCGAGGAGCUCAAGUCCAAGCUCGCAGAUAGUGAGACAGAGAUCACAAGCCUCAAAGCGCAGAUCUCGUCGUCCGAGGAGAAGAUCGCUGAGCUUGCCACGAAGAUCGGCGCUGCCCCACCUGCCGAGGCGGGCACCGACGACUCUGCCCGCAAAGAGCUGGCUGACGAGCUUGAUAGUGUCAAGGAGAAGCACAAGGCCGAGGUCGACGCCCUGAUAGCCCAGAUCGCAGACGCCCAGGCGAAGCUCCAGCAAUCCGAGGAGCAGCUCGAGAAGCAGAGGGCAGAGUUGUCCGAGCUGACAACUGCUAAGGAGGCCACUGAUGCCGAGGUUGCUUCUCUCAGGGAGGCCCUCGAAUCCACCAAGGCCGAGCACGAUGCCAGGCUCAGCGAGACUGAGGCCAACCUGACCAAGGCAACCGAGGAGCACGCAUCCAAGCUUGAGGCGUUGCAACAAACCCUCAGCGAACAGCACACGGAAGCCCUGAGCGCGCUUCAAUCGAAGCAUGCCGAGGAACUAGCGCAGGGCCAGGCCGCCUCGGGAGACCACGAAAAGGCUCUUGCAGACCAAAAGGCCGCCCAUGAAGCCGCUCUGGGCGAGCUCCAGGCCAAGAUCGAUGAGCUGACGGCAUCUCAAGCUGCGCUCGAGAGUGCGCAUGAAGCCAAGGUCUCUGACGAGAGCGCGGCUACUGCUGCUCAGAUCUCUACUCUUCAAGCCGAGAUUGCAGACCUCAAGGCCAAGCUUGAGACCGCCGAGAAGAGCGCCAGCAGCGCCAAGGACGAGCUUGAGGCUAAGACAAGCGAACUUCACUCCUUCGAGGAGCGCAUCCAAAGCAUGGAGGACCAACUGAAGUCGGCCCAGGAGGCCGCCACCAAGGCGCAAGAGGCCAUCUCCAAACUCGAAGAGGAGAUGAAGACCAAGGACGCAGAGAUCGAGAAGCUGCAGUCAGAGCACGCAGCCAUUGAGGACAAGCACAACCAGCAUCUCAAGCAGAUCACCACGGACUACGAGAACGAGAUCAACAGCCUGCAAGGCGAGGCCAUGUACAAGCGCAAGUACGAAGAGCUCGAGGCUAAGCACAAUGAGUUGUCAGAAACUCAUACUGCAGCCGUUGAGACUCACAGCAAGGCCCUGGAAGAAAUCAAGGGCCAGCACAGCUCCACCUCCGCUGCUCUGGAGACAGCGAAGGCUGAGCACGCUAGCGCUGUUGCAUCCUUGGAGGCCAAGGCGGAGGAGCACCAAAAGGCUCUUGAUGCUCUCCUGGCCAACCACGCGAUGGAGCUGGAGGCCGCCAAGAGUGGUGUCUCUGCAGAGCGUGAGUCUCUACUUGGAGACCUGGAGGGCUUGAAAUCCAGUCACUCCCAGCAGAUUGAAAUACUCAAGAGCGAGGCCGAGGCGGCACUUGCAAAGGAGUUGGAAUCCCUGAAGGCAUCACACGCCGAGAUCAUUGACGCCCUCAACGAGAAGAGCGCCUCCGAGAAGCAGCAACUGCUCGCAGCACACGCCGAUGAGCUCGCAGCAACGAAGACCGCCGGUCAAGGAGACCAGGCGGCCCAGCUGGCCCAGCUCGAGCAGGAGCUCAAUGCUAAGCAUGCUACAGAGGUUCAGAGCAUUUCUAAGCAGCUGCAGGACCUCGAGAACGAGCUGAACGCAAAGCACGCCACAGAGGUGCAGAGCUUGUCCAAGCAGCUGCACGACCUGGAGACUGAACUCAACUCCAAGCAUGCCACAGAACUUGAGAGCCAGAUAGAGCAGGUCAAGAAGGGACUGUCUGCUGAGCACGCUGCGGAAGUCGACCAGUUGAGGAAGGAGCUCGAGACCGCCAAGUCGUCCACGGAAGAGCUUGCAGUUCUGCGAGCCAGGCUGAGCGAGAUGGACGAGCAGUAUGCUGCAACCCUCGAAGCCACCAAGAGAGACCUCAUAGCAUCACACUCCGCCGAGAUCGAGAAGUUGGUCACGUCGAACGCGGAGGCAAUCGACAGGCUGAAGAGCGAGCAUGCCGGCGGAGCCGAAGAUAUCAAGUACGAGAUGGAGACUUUGAAGGAAAGCCACGAGAAGGCAAUUUUGGAGCUCAAGAACCAGCAUGCAUCUGCGCUGGAAUCCCAGCUCACGCAGUCCAAGGCUGAACUCGAGAAUGCGCUCGGGCCUAUCAAGUCGCAGCUGGCCAAGGCAGAGGAGGAGAUCGAUGACCUGAGCGGAAAGCUCGCCAACGAGAAGUUCGCCAGGAUCCAGGCCGAGGCUGACCUCGACGCCAACAGGCAGCCCAGGACUCCAGCAGACACAGCGGAACUGGAUGCCUUGAGAGAAGAGCUUGCGAAGUACAAGAAGGCGUACGAUGAGGCCAUGUCCGCUACCGAGGCCAAGUCUGCAAAGGCUGCGGAUCAACUCGAGGCUCUCAGAGGCGAUCUUGAGAUGACCACCAAGGAGCUCGAAGCGCAUAAGUUGGAGGCCUCGGCAAGGGCGAAGACGGCGGAGGCGGACUACAAGGACAUGCACGAAUCGAUGACGGAGCUUGUGAAUGAGGCCACUGGUCGUGCCGAAAAGGCUGAAUCGCAAAUCGGGGAGUUGCUGGCGCAGCUAAAGGUCAGGGAGGCAGAACUUGCAGAGGCCAAGGCUCUGGGAGCACCCAAGACGCCCACAAGGACGGGCUUAGCGGCUAGCAGAUUCGCCGAUGAUACGGGAGAUGAUGCCGCCGCCGCUGGAGUGACGACUGGAGCCACGGCGGAAGGUGAGCCGGACCAUUCUUCAGCGGCACUAGCUUUGGUGCGAAAGCCCCUUGCUACUUGCACUGUCUACCUCCAUUCCCUGCACCUAUCGAUGUCCCUGCUCCUCAAGUCCCUUGGUUCUGCAUUACGGCACGCUGGAGGAUCGGUGCUAACGGAUGUGAUGGUGAAGAUCGCUAGGAUGAGACAUACCUGCGCGUCGCUCGAGUCUCUUGACAGUGACAUGCGCGAACAGAAUCUGAGAAUCUUGCGCAGCAUGGAGGAGGCCACGACCGCCAAGAUCAGCAACAAUGACGUGAACCAGCUGGCAUAGGAGCCCCUCGACUUCAUUAGCUUCGCAGAUAAAUCAACAAGAGCAACACGUCUCGACGGCCCCAGAGCAUCCUGGCUCGUCCGAGCUGCCCAAGUCGCAAGGCCUUCUUCUGUCCGACUGAGGAGGAUCCGGCAUCUAUCCUUAUGUUUUUAAUUGCAAAUACCCCGGCCCCGGCCGAUAUGUUUUCCCCAGGUGGCACAUUUGAACCUUUUUACACAAUUCUUAUUCCUUCCCGCGCGUUCGUAAUCCUGUCCUAUACCCUUCAGUCUUUUCCCAAUGCCUUGGCAGUCCUUUUGGAGAUGCGUCCCUACCGACAAAAUUUGGCUCAAACAAUGGCUUUGGACAUUCGCGAAUUCCCCCCGACCCCCUUUCAAGCCGCUUCAGAUAUCUAGAAUCUCGAGGAGCUCCUAAUGGGCGAGGAGGGGGAUGGCAUGGCCUUCUCGUCCGUGGUGGGAAUCAAGGGGAGGGGCGUGCGUAAAUUGUAUUCAGCUUCUUGCUAGCGGUAGUCGGGCUUGACUCGUCUAAUUGCUUUAGUGGAUAGUGAAACGGAUUGAAGGAUCGAUACCCAUCUUUUUCUGCAGUCAUAUUGGUGUCUUAUCUCGUACUAUGAUUUUUGGGCGUAAUCUCUUUCUUGUACCAGUGUGAGGCAGUCUGAUUUGUGUACCUCGGUGAUUGACCGUUGGAGAGCUCUGGAGAUGUGAAAGCUAUGGACUUGGGGUUGAAGUAAGGACCAGACUCUGUCGUUUCGCUUCCUCGAGACUACCUUGCUUCACCAAUGUAAAGCUUCUGCUUUGGAGAAGCACUCACCAUACCGACGGUGAAGGUAGCGGGGGUCAUCAUGGCUGACCAAUUCCUGAAACGUCCCUCCUUGUGAGGUCCAUCUCCUGCCCGGAGUGAUAGCAUGUCCUCCACCAGCCAACCCUUAUGCCCAAUCCGCAUGUGAAACUUUGAAAAUAAAAAUAUAAAGUUUAUAUAAAUUAUAAACCCUUCUUUAA